CUAGUUUGCAACUGUGCAUAAUUUGCAGAAAUAGCUCCCACUCGGAAGAAGGCCACAAGACUAGUGCAGAUAUUUUUUCCGACCAUGCUUUGAAAUUCUUCUAUCGACACAAUUGGCAGUCAGAGGUUUCGUUCGAACUCAGCCUUUCUGAUUCUUCCGAGGUGAUGGAGCUCCCCGUUCCCAUUUCAACAAGGCUCCACUCAAUUUCACGCAUCCCCUUUAGAAUCGGCCUCGUCAAUUUCCGCUCACCCAACAACGAUAAUCGUCGGACAAGGCUGAGGCGCAAUACCGCUCCUGUUCGAGCUGAGCUGAGUUCCGAUGUCAGUCAUAAGAGCGGCGAUUCCGACAAAAGCGUUGUGAGUUCUGUUAACAGUAAUUGCAAAGGCUCUUCUUUGCUCAAGGGAGAAGAAGGGGAGGGAUUGUUUCAUCGGAAUGUUUGGGAAGAGACGGAUUUCGUGGAGGUGAUUGGAAUUGGCAGUCGGAAAGACGCCAUUCUAGACUUCUGUUUGGCUUCUUCUUCUCGUUUCCCGGCUUUGAGAAUUUGGAAUAUUCUUGUCAAAGAUUCAGGGAAGGUGUUAUUGCAACAGAGGUUUCUGACAGAAGAUAUUUCAGCAAGAGUUGUGGAAGUGCCAUUAUCAUUGAGUUCGUGUUCUAAAGCAAUUAUACUUGUGGCUAGUGCAGCUUAUGGUGAAGAUAUAAUCCCAUCCCUUGAUAUUCUUACAAGAGUAAGAUCUGCUGAUGGGCUAGUCAUUGGAAUAAUUUUGAAACCUUUCAGCUUUGAAGGACGAAGGCGCCAGGAUGAGGUGAAUGAAUUGGUUGAUGAGCUUCAAAAGCAAGCUAAUUUUUGUAUAGUUAUUGAUACUGAUGCACUUCUGGCAAAAGAUCUACUUACUCUGGAUGAGGCUUUGAAGACUUCAUACAAUGCAGUUUUGAUGGCUACAAAUGCCAUAUCUGUUCUUGUAUCUGAGAACUACAUAAAGUUUCGUGAUUUACCAAGUAAUUGUUGUGAAUUGCUCGAAGUUCCGCAGCUAAAAAAUAUUCUUGAGAUCUAUAGAGAAGCUAAAAUUGGAUAUGGAGCUGGCUACAACAUUAAAACUUCCAUUUUGCGAGCUACAUAUGAUUGCCCCUUCCUUGGGGUGUCUGUAAAGGAAUUAGAUGGUGUAAUUUUAUGCGUUAUUGCAAGCUCCAAUGCACUUGAUUCCAGCAAUGUGCAUACAAUUUGUCAUACUUUUCGACAAACAACAGGAUGGAAGGGAGAUAUUGUAAUAUCAAUUGUUUAUGAACCCAAUGUGGAGGCAAAUUUAAUACUGACUACUAUAAUUAUGUGUGGGUGUAUUGAACAGCAACCAUCACAGAGGAAUAGCUUGCUCUCUAGACUGGCCCACCAUUUCCCUUUCAUUUUUAAUAUCCUUAAGAAGCCAGAUUCUCCUCUUUAUUCCCACACCAAGGAAAGAUAUUCAUUGGGGAAUCCACAAAUUUCAGAUGCCUCAAAUUUGCAGUGUACUGAUGAAAUGUUGGAUAUGCUUUCUGUGGAUGGUACAAGGCCCAUGGAUUCUGAGGCUGAAGAUGCAUCAUUGUAUGAUGAGCAACUGCAAGAAAUAUUUAACACUGGUGGAGAAACACUUCUUUCAAAGGGCUGUGAAGUUGGUCCUGAACAAAGCAAAACUGAAAUCUCAGAGGCUGGCUUUUCUUUUAAUGAUGCAGUCGAUGUUGAAGGAGUUCCAACUUUCAGAAGAGAGCUACUUACGAGGCAAAACCUGCACCCUGGAUUUCAAAUCCCCCAAGACUGGGGCAAAGAAGGCACUAAUGACAUGGAAACCUACUUAGCUGACAAUGUCAGCACAUUCAAACUUCCUGUUGGUGUAAAACAAUUAGAGCAAUCAAAAAAUGGUUCAACUACCUCAAACUCUUGGAAUUGGGCAGAAUGGAUGACUGAAGAAAUUAAAAGGGCACAAACUCAGGAUACUAAAGUUGUGUCUUGGGAUAGAAUGAAUGGUGACAGUGAGGCUAAGUUGGAAAUGGACAACCAUGCUUCCAGAGUAACACAAGCAGAUCAGAGCAAUUUUUCAAAGAAGAAAGGAGUUCUUUCAAUUCGUGCAGCCUCUAUGCUGGAAUCUGAACGAACUUCACAAAAUAAGUGGGUUCCUGUGGUUGAAAUGAAGUAUAGGGGAGGCAUAUACCGAGGUCGCAUCCAAGGUGGACUUCCUGAAGGAAAGGGCCAUCUGUCUCUCAGAGAUGGAAGUGUUUAUGAUGGCAUGUGGCGCUAUGGAAAGAGGUCCGGCCUUGGCACAUUCUACUUUAGUAAUGGUGAUAUCUACCGUGGUUUGUGGAGGGAUGAUGUGAUGCAUGGCAAGGGUUGGUUUUACUUUCAUACUGGGGAUCGCUGGUUUGUGAACUUCUGGAAGGGAAAGGCAAAUGGAGAAGGGCGUUUUUAUUACAAGCAUGGUGAUAUUUCAUUUGGCCACUUCAAAGACGGAUGGCGGCAUGGCCAAUUUCUUCACAUAAACAUUGACGGGACAAGGUGUCUUGAGGUAUGGGAUGAAGGCACCCUUGAAAGCCGAAAGAAUUUGGAUUCUGAUAUUCCUGCUGGAUAGAAUGUGCUUAUAGGUGGCUAUUUGUGUAUAUAUGUAAUUAUGUUCCAUUACAUAGUAGUUAAAUCAACCUUAUAUAGGCAAUUAUGUCAACAACUAUAAUAUUUUUAUAUACACUUUGUCUUGUUUCUUUCUUGCUA